AUGGAAGGGGAGCAGCAGGGCAUUCAGUUUCAUCAGGUCUUAGUGGCUCAUGGGACGAUUGAAGAUGAGCCUGAAGGAGAUCAAGGGGGAGCACACGAUAUUGGACCUAAAAAGGAACAGCACGAAUACGUGAUAGUUGAUUUCGAUUAUGAUGAGCUGGACCAGGAGCAAGACGAAGAAAAGUGCGUAGAGGAGGCGUGUAGUGAACCUCACCAGUCGGAAGCCUCAACAAACUUCCACAUGUUUCAAGGGGUGGAUACAGACUAUCUGCGCUCUCUUGAGGAGGCAGUUAUCAGCCUGAAGCUUCAACUCAUUAUGGCUAAGGCAAGGGCUAUGCGAGCCGAGCGAAAAGUAGAGGUAAUCACCCAAGAGGCGGAUGAACUGGCUGAACUUCUGGUGCGUCACCUCGACGAUUGA